AUGUCACUCAACCGAGAACAUUUUCGCGCCAUAAUUUAUUACAACUUUCAGAGACAAUUAUCGCAACAAGAAUACCUUGCUGAGUUACUGUCUGUUUUCGGCAACGAAUCGCCACAUCAGUCGACAAUUUCCCGUUGGUAUGGAGAAUUCAAACUUGGACGGGUGAGUCUUAGCGACGAUUCCAGGGUGGGUGCACCAAAACAGCAGUCACCCAGGAAAACAAGAGAGACAUAUCGCGAGAUUGAGGCGUCCUUGAAUAUUUCAAAAACCUCAAUUCAAAAAAAAUUACAUGAAGAAUCAGGAGUAAGAAAAUUAAAAGCAGCCAAGGUUAAUUGGUGUCAAAGAACGCUUGACCGUUUCAAUUCCGGAAACUCAAAAAACGUGUACAGCAUUGUUAGUGGUGAUGAAUCGUGGAUUUACUGUGAAGAAAAGCCAACAAAAGUCAUCCGUUCUCGAAGUGCUUCGAAAAACAUGGUCGCGACAUUUGUGUCAAAAGCGGGUCAUAUUGCUACAAUUCCUCUUAAAGAGCAAAGAACUGUUAGUUCGGAUUGGUAUACCACCAUUUGUUUGCCAAAAGUCAUCACCGAGCUUCGAAAAAUCAACCCCGAAAGAAGAAUCAUCCUCCACCAAGACAAUGCAAGCUCGCACACAGCCCAAAGAACAAGGCAGUAUUUAACGGAAGAAAACGUGGAAUUAUUGGACCAUCCUCCAUAUAGUCCCGACAUAAGUCCUAGCGAUUUCUCUACUUUCCCGAAAAUUAAAAACAGACUGCGUGGUCAAAGGUUCCAGUCACCAGAAGAAGCAGUUGACGCAUUCAAAAAUGCUGUUUUGGAUGUGCCAGCAAACGAGUGGAAUAAGUGCUUCGAAAAUUGGUUCGAGCGCAUGCAGAUAAAAUGCUUACUGUGGUGCAGACAACGGUCACUCUGGGACCAGGAAUGGAACAGUGUUGUCUUUAGUGACGAGUCUCGAUUUUGUUUAGACAUGCACGAUGGUCGUGCCAGGGUUAGAAGGCGACGUGAUGAAAGGAGGAAUCCACAGUUUUUUGUUGAAAGACAUGUCCAUCACACUGUUGGAGGUAUGGUUUGGGGUGCUAUAGCUUAUGGUUCCAGGUUACCUUUAAUCUUCAUCAGAGGUAACAUGAACGCGCAGCGUUAUAUCCAUGAAGUUCUAGAACCCCAUAUUUUACCCUAUCUUGACACCCUGGCAGAUCCAACUUUCCAACAAGAUAAUGCCCGACCACAUCACGUGUGGGAUAUGAUGGGUAGGAGAUUGCUCAAUUUGCAACGUCCUCCUCAGACUCUAGAAGCACUUCGAGAGGAGUUGGUGGUUGCCCGGAAUGAGAUACCACAGGAGGACAUUGACCACCUGAUCAGAAGCAUGCCUAGGCGCGUUGGAGAAUGCGUAGCACAUCAGGGUGCAUCCACACAUUAUUAA